CCAAAAACCCCAUAGAGAGCUUGGUGAUGAUCGAGGCAGGGCUUCCGCGUCUUUCCGCUGUUCGCCCGAUUUCCAAACAUACCGUUCCCCGUGCUGAUGGCAGGAAACUUCUGGCAGAGCUCGCACUAUCAACAAUGGCUCCUUGAUAAGCAAGACUUGCUUCGCGAGCGACACGGUGACUUGCAGAUUUUUUCUGAGGAGGAGUAUCAGAAGAUCAUAAUCUUUUUUGCUAACUUUAUUCAAGUGUUGGGAGAACAGCUGAAACUGAGGCAACAGGUGAUUGCAACAGCAACAGUGUAUUUCAAGAGGUUUUAUGCUCGUAAUUCCCUCAAGUGCAUCGAUCCCUUGCUGCUUGCACCCACGUGUGUGUUCCUUGCCUCCAAAGUUGAGGAGUUUGGUGUCAUUUCCAGCAAUCGACUCAUAUCCACCUGUCAAGCUGUUGUGAAGAACAAGUUGAGCUACGCAGUGAACCAAGAGUACGCAUAUCGGACGUCCCACAUCCUAGAAUGCGAGUUCUACCUUCUAGAGAUGCUCGAUUGCUGUCUGAUUGUCUACCAACCAUACAGGCCCUUAAUUCACUAUGCCCAGGACAUGGUUCCCGGGGAUGAGAAUUUGCUAUCUUUGGCCUGGCGAAUCGUCAAUGACAGUCUCCGCACCGAUGUCUGCCUUCUCUAUCCACCUUACAUGAUUGCCCUUGGUGCCCUGCAUAUGGCAUGUGUGGUCACAUCCAAGGAAGGAGCCAAGCAGUGGUUUGCUGAGCUGAGCGUGGACCUGGAACAGGUCCUCGAAAUCACCCGACACCUCCUUGCACUCUAUGAGCUGUGGAAGCACUUUGACGAGAAGAAGGAAGUUCAACAUCUCCUGUCCCGCAUGCCCAAACCCCGAAACCAGCCAUCUAGACCCCCAUCCCAGGCACAAGUGCAGGACCCUAACUCCAUGGGCCAGGACUCCAUGAAUCAAAACUCUCAGGGCAAUUCCCUUAACAACCAGAAUGGGUGUGUGUCCUCACAAGUGGAUGUCCAGUUUUCCACUCAGAUUGUAGAAGGUGAAUACAUCAUUGCAUUCACUGGUUACUACAAAGCAGAGACUCGACGCCAAUACAUUCGAGCUGCUUUGGGUAAACUCAGCGUUCCCUGGCAGAUCCAAGAACGAAAUAAUCCUGCCAGUGACUAUCCAAGUGACUUUGACCUUGUGAAAUUCGAAGGAGAGUGUGGGAAAACAUGUAUGGAUUCUUUGCUUGGGCAUCCGUGUAUAAAACGUGUCACACCACAGCGACUGGUCACACGGACCUUGACAUAUCACGAUGAAAAUGAUUCCCUACUCUACUACAACGAAAGUGAUGGUCAUGCAACACCGUUCUGUCAUAACAGGAAGCUAUUCCUCAACAAUCAUUCCCGGUACCGUUCGCGCAAGCUGCUUCGUUCGAUCCCACAUCAAAUCACGACUGUGCUUCAAGCCGAUGUGUUGUGGAAUGCAGGUGUUACUGGUGCAGGGGUGAAGGUGGCUGUAUUUGACACAGGUUUGUCAAAGAACCACCCUCACUUCAAGAAAAUCAAGGAGAGGACAAACUGGACUAAUGAAAAAACCCUUGAUGAUGGAUUAGGGCAUGGGACCUUUGUAGCUGGGGUAAUUGCUUCGCACAAGCAAUGCCUUGGCUUUGCACCUGAUGCCGAACUCCACAUUUUCCGUGUUUUCACCAAUAACCAAGUGUCAUACACGUCUUGGUUCUUAGAUGCAUUCAACUAUGCAAUUCUAAAGAAAAUCAAUGUCCUGAAUCUGAGUAUUGGUGGACCAGAUUUUAUGGAUCACCCCUUUGUGGACAAGGUGUGGGAAUUGACUGCCAAUGGGGUAAUAAUGGUCUCUGCAAUCGGAAAUGAUGGCCCUCUCUAUGGCACCCUAAACAACCCAGCAGAUCAAAUGGAUGUGAUUGGAGUGGGUGGGAUAAAUUUUGAAGAUCAAAUUGCCAAGUUUUCCUCACGAGGGAUGACAACGUGGGAGUUACCGGAAGGGUAUGGCCGGGUGAAGCCCGACAUUGUUACUUAUGGCCUAUAUGUUCAGGGAUCAAGUGUGAAAGGAGACUGUCGCUCACUGUCAGGAACCAGUGUUGCCUCUCCUGUGGUUGCUGGAGCUGUGACCCUUCUUGCUAGUGGUGUUCUCCACCGUGGGAAUAUCAUCAAUCCAGCCAGCAUGAAGCAGGCCUUGAUGGCCUCAGCCCGUCGUUUGCCAGGAAUCAACAUGUUUGAGCAGGGUCAUGGGAAAUUGGACCUCUUGAGAGCUUUCCAGCUUCUCACAUCUUACAAACCACAGGCAAGCCUAAGUCCAAGUUACAUUGACUUGACGGAGUGUCCGUACAUGUGGCCAUAUUGCACUCAACCAUUAUAUCAUUCUGCAAUGCCAUCUAUUGUCAAUGUGACAAUAUUGAAUGGAAUGGGGGUGUCAGGGCGACUUGUUGAACCACCAAAAUGGUAUCCAUAUAUACCACAGAAUGGUGAUUACCUUGAUCUGUCAUUUUCAUAUCCAGAAGUCCUUUGGCCCUGGUCUGGUUUCCUAGCAAUCCAUAUUAAAGUAUCUGAGGCAGGUCGAGACUGGGAGGGGAUUGCCCAGGGACAUGUGAAUAUCAUUAUUGAGUCGCCACCUGAAGACGGAGAAGAGCAGCCGCGAAGAUCAAAUUUGACCUUGCCUUUGAGGGUAAAGGUCAUCCCAACCCCACCUCGUCAUAAGCGCCUACUCUGGGACCAGUUCCACAACCUUCGCUACCCACCUGGGUACUUCCCACGUGACAAUCUACGCAUGAAAAAUGAUCCUCUGGAUUGGAAUGGUGAUCACAUUCACACCAACUUCAAAGACAUGUACCAGCACCUGAGAAAUGCUGGAUAUUAUAUUGAGGCCCUGGGGUAUCCAUACACAUGCUUCAAUGCCAGCAAUUAUGGCACUCUGCUUUUGGUUGAUUCAGAAGAGGAGUUUUUUCCUGAAGAGAUGGCCAAACUGCGUGGUGAUGUUGACAAUGGUCUCUCACUUAUUGUCUUUGCUGAUUGGUACAACACAACUGUGAUGAAGAAAGUGAAGUUCUACGAUGAAAACACGCGGCAAUGGUGGCUGCCAGACACGGGUGGAGCAAACAUCCCAGCUAUCAAUGAUCUUUUGGCAUCAUGGGGCAUUGCAUUUGGUGACACAGUCCUUGAUGGUGAAUACACUCUUGGACAUCAUCAGAUGUAUUAUGCAUCAGGAACUAACAUAGCUCGCUUUCCCGAAGAGGGACGGGUCAUUGUACAAACCUUGAAGGACCAAGGUGUAGAGGUCCUUGAGGGUGACACAACUGUCUCUGAGAAAGGUGCCAUUUUGGGCACUUUCCAAAGCAAGUCAACUGAGAGUUCUGGUCGCCUUGUGGUCUACGGAGACUCCAACUGCUUGGACAAUGCACAUCAGCAGAAAGACUGUUUCUGGCUGCUUGAAGCCAUGUUGGAGUAUACCUCAAGUGGGAAACUCCCAGCUGUCUUGUCUGAUUCAAGUGAAUCACCCUUGCCACCCUUACUGGAACUCCCACAGCGAAUGAAGGGGUCGCAUCUGCAUCGCUAUAGUAAAGUCUUAGAGAGCAACCUGGGAUCGUCCGAUGACACGAUGGGGCAUGCCCGACCGAUUCCCGGUUGUCCAAAACUUGAGUUGGCACUGCCAAUUCCAAUCAACAUGUCUGCCCCUACAAACUUAUUCAAAACAACCAGGCUCCUUUCAGUUGCGCCGGGUUGGGAAGCACCGCUUCACCUGAGGCACAAGCUGCAGAUUGGCAUGGAACCACUGCAUUCAGACUUCCCUAUGCUUUUACAAGCUGAGCGUGCAGCCCAUACCCCAACAAUUCCUGUGUAUCUUUGGCUAGCCAUGCUGGCAGUGAUGGUGGUACUCCUCUACCGUUUCUACAUGUACUGGAACAGGCCGAGGCGGAAGCGUACCCGCUUCAAGAAGCUCCUUCGGGUCUUUGUCCCUCAGAAUAAUGUGUAA